UCUGAGUGUGGAAGGUCUCCUGUAUCCUUCUUUGCUGAGUUAAAAGGAUGGGGUACUUCAGAGGGAGUGAGAGUGCAGCCUGUGAGUGUGGCAGGACAGCGGGUCUGGCAGCCUGGUCCCAGGAACACGGGGUGGAGGGGAACUGCUGAACCCUCAACUGUCAGAAUCUUCAGAGGCAAGCUGGGAAGGCUUCCCUCUCCUACCAGGUGAAGAUAAGGCGCCACAGUCUGGGACCAGGACCAUCCGUGUUGUGCGACAACGCUCAGCUCAUCUGCCUGAGCCUAGCCUCUGCACCACCUCUCCUGGGGUCACGCUGAGCCUUGGAGCCACAUGGAGCCUGCAGAGUGGAAUGGAGCCUGGGGAGCCUGCGGUGGAGGAUCUGCUCCGGUCUGCCUGGGCAGUCAGAAGGUGGAGCAAAGGAUGGGCUGGCAACAAUCUCUGCCAGUCUUAGAAGCGUCCAGAAUUCGUACCAUUUACAUCAAUGACCCCCUGAAGAACAUUUUCUGCCAAAACUGGAUCAGCACAGCCAAGUACAGCCUGUGGUCCUUUCUCCCUCGAUAUCUGUACCUGCAGUUUAGCAAAGCGGCCAAUGCUUUUUUCCUGUUCAUUGCUAUAUUGCAGCAAAUUCCAGAUGUGUCUCCAACAGGAAAAUAUACAACUCUCUUGCCUUUGAUGGCUAUUCUUACUAUUUCAGGCAUCAAAGAGAUUAUUGAAGAUUAUAGACGACAUAUGGCAGACAGAUUAGUUAACACAAAGAACACAAUAGUGUUAAGACAGGAUUCCUGGUACUCAAUUAUGUGGAAAGAGGUCAAUGUGGGUGACGUUGUGAAGGCUUCGAACGGCGAGUUCCUGCCUGCAGACAUGGUCCUGAUCUCUUCCAGUGAACCUCUGUCAAUGUGUUAUAUUGCAACAUCUAAUCUGGAUGGAGAGACAAAUCUAAAGAUACGGCAGGCUUUGCCAGAAACAGCUGACAUGCAAACAAACAAGCAGCUGGCAAACCUAACUGGAAAAAUAGAAUGUGAAGGACCUAAUCGUCACUUCGAUACCUUUGUUGGAACCUUGUACCUACCUGGUAAAAGCCCUGUUGCAAUUGGACCUGACCAGGUCUUGCUAAGAGGAACCCAACUAAGAAACACUCAGUGGAUCGUUGGCGUAGUGAUUUACACUGGCUUUGACACCAAAUUCAUGCAGAAUUCUGUCAAAUCACCUCUCAAGAGAUCCAAGGUGGAGAAGGUGACCAACUUGCAGAUCCUGGUUUUGUUCACCAUGCUGCUGGUCAUGGCCUUGGUGAGCUUUGUGGGAGAAGUGCUGUGGAACAAGCAGUACAGGGCCACCAUUUGGUACCUAAACAACGAUGUCAGCUACCACAGCUUUGCUUUUGACAUUUUGGUGUUCAUCAUCCUGUACCACAAUCUCAUUCCCAUCAGUCUGCUGGUAACUCUGGAAAUCGUGAAAUUUAUUCAGGCCCAGUUUAUAAACUGGGAUGAAGAUAUGCAUUAUAAAGUAAAUGAUGUCUAUGCCAUGGCCAGAACAUCCAAUCUUAAUGAAGAGCUUGGGCAGGUAAAAUACUUAUUUUCUGAUAAAACGGGAACCCUCACUUGCAAUAUUAUGACAUUCAAGAAGUGUACCAUUGCAGGUAUAAUGUAUGGUCAAUCAUCUCCCAUCACAGACUCCUGUGAAUUUAAUGACCCCAGAUUACUGGAGAAUUUAAAGAAUGGCCAUCCCACAGAAAGCUACAUAAAGGAGUUUCUCACCCUGUUAUGUGUGUGCCACACUGUUUUUCCAGAAAAAGAUGGAACUAAGAUAAACUACCAAGCUUCCUCCCCAGACGAAGCAGCUUUAGUGAAAGGGGCAAAAAAACUUGGCUAUGUUUUCACUGCAAGAACACCAUACUCAGUCACCAUAGAAGCUAUGGGACAAAAAUGCAUUUUUGAAAUCCUCAAUAUCCUGGAAUUUUCUAGUAAUAGAAAAAGAAUGUCCAUCAUUGUCCGAACUCCCACGGGACAGCUCCGUCUCUACUGCAAAGGGGCUGACUUGGUGAUUUAUGAGAGACUUUCAAGCGAUUCUCUGUUUGUGGGUGAGACGUUAACCCAUCUGGAACAUUUUGCCAAAGAAGGUCUGAGAACGCUGUGUAUUGCCUACACAGAUUUAACCGAGGAAGAAUAUCAGUGGUGGCUGGAGGAUUAUAAGAAAGCUACUCUAACUUUACAUGACAGAAUCAAAAGGAUCGAAGAAUGCUAUGAUAAGAUUGAAAAGAAAUUUCUGCUUCUUGGAGCCACAGCCAUUGAAGAUCGUCUUCAAGCACGUGUUCCAGAAACCAUAACAACUUUACUGAGAGCAAAUAUAAGAAUAUGGGUCUUGACAGGAGACAAACAAGAAACUGCAAUUAACAUAGCAUAUUCCUGUAAAUUGAUAUCAGGUCAAAUGCCUCGUAUUCAUUUGAAUGCAAAUUCAUUUGAGGCAACAAAACAAGCAAUUACUCAAAACUGUCAAGAUCUUAAACACUUGCUAGGUAAAGAAAAUGAGGUGGCCCUAAUCAUUGAUGGCGAAACACUGAAGUAUGCCCUCAGUUUUGAAAUUAAGAGGAACUUCCUAAAUUUGGCCCUGUCAUGUAAAACAGUAUUAUGUUGUAGGCUCUCUCCCCUGCAGAAGGCUGAAAUCGUGGACGUCGUCAAGAAGAACGUAAGGGCCGUCACCCUGGCCGUCGGGGAUGGUGCCAACGAUGUGGGCAUGAUCCAGACGGCGCAUGUGGGAGUGGGCAUCAGCGGGAACGAGGGCAUGCAGGCCACCAACAACUCGGAUUACGCCAUCGCACAGUUUAGCUACCUGGAGAAGCUUCUGUUAGUUCAUGGAGCUUGGAGUUAUUUUCGAGUGACCAAAUGCAUACUGUAUUGUUUCUACAAGAAUGUGGUGUUGUACGUCAUUGAGCUCUGGUUCUCCUUUGCCAAUGGAUUUUCUGGGCAGAUUAUAUUCGAACGCUGGUGCAUCAGCUUGUAUAAUGUGAUUUUCACAUCAUUACCACCUUUAACUCUGGGAAUCUUUGAACGGUGUUGCAGUGAGGAGAGCCUGAUCAAGUAUCCAGAACUCUACAGAAUUCCUCAGACAGGAGAAACUUUCAACACAAAGGUGUUUUGGAUCCAGUGUAUGAAUGCUUUGGUCCACUCCUUCAUUCUCUUCUGGUUUCCUGCAAAAAUGCUGAAGCAUGAUAUAGUCUUACAACAUGGCUACACUACAGACUAUUUGUUUCUUGGAAAUUUUAUUUAUACGUAUGUAGUGGUUACCGUUUGUCUGAAAGCUGGGUUGGAGACAAUGUCUUGGAACAAAUUUAGUCACCUGGCAAUUUGGGGCAGCAUCUCCAUGUGGCUGGUCUUCUUCAUAAUUUAUUCUCGCUUCUGGCCGACCCUUCCCAUUGCUUCUGACAUGGUGGGACAGGCCGAUUUAGUCCUGAUUUGCCCACUCUUCUGGCUGGGUAUUUUGAUAGUUCCUACCGUGUGCCUGAUUCAAAAUGUAUUAUGGAAAUCGCUGAGAAACACCUACCGAAGAACGUUUCUCGAGGAAGUGCGGGAGAUGGAACGUAACAGAGUUCCAGAAGUUGAUAUUUCUAAAAUGUCUGGAAGGAGGGCGACGGCAGCGAGUCUGGACAUGGUCUUUGAGAACAACUCCGUGGAUCUCAGUGCCCCACGUGGCUAUUCCUUUUCCCAAACAGAGCAGUCCGUGAUGACCCAGGAAGAACUAGUCCGUUCCUACAACCCCGGUAGAAACCAAAGCAAGCAGAGUUCCAAUGCUGCCUUCACUGAUAUCUUCCUGGAGUGAGACUUCGGUCACCAGCGCGUCCUGCACCCCCAUGCCCUUCACUGAGACUGGUCAGUCGAGCUGGCACUCACUGCCACUUCCGUGGCUUUGGCUGAGUAGUUUGUUAUUUUUAUGUCAACAGAGUCAGGAAGAUAAACAGUGAGGGAAUGAAUGCUUUUGGAUUUUUGUUAACUUCUUCAAUGUUUUACCUAAUGCAUAUAGUUUUUGUGUAGCUGUGAAUGUAUAUAUUUUUUUCUCUAGCUAUUUAGCAGUUCAAUCUGAAGUAUAAAAUUAAAAGUGUUACGUUUCACUAAAACAA